UGCAGGACGUGACGUUAUCGUCACGUGGUCAUCCACAGCAGCGUUUGUUUGAGUUGCUAACGGAUUCUUCUUUCUACAAUUACAGUUGAUAUAAGUCCUCAUGGCAACUGAGGGUGUGGAAAAAGUGAGUGAAGAUGCUCCAGCAACCGGGAAGGUCAGCACCAGAUUUGACCUGGAGAAAGAGACGGAACUUAGGUUUGAGGUGGAGGCAGGAGAAGCAGUAGAACAAGUUGACCUGGAGCUCCUCACAGGAAUGGCUGAGGUGUUUGGGUCAGAGCUGAACCGCAACAAAAAGUACGUAUUUGGAGCGGGCUCAAAGAUUGCAGUUUUCACCUGGCAAGGAUGCAGUGUCAACCUUUAUGGAAAACCAGAGGUGGCUUAUGUGUCCAAGGAUACUCCCAUGCUGCUUUAUCUGAACACACAUGCUGCGCUGGAACAGAUGAGGAAACAAGCAGAGCGUGAGAAUGAGCGGGGGCCAAGGGUGAUGGUAGUGGGACCCACAGACGUAGGGAAGUCAACAGUGUGUCGAAUGCUGUUAAAUUAUUCUGUAAGGUUGGGCAGGAGGCCAACGCUAGUGGAACUGGAUGUGGGACAGAGUGGGGUGUCUGUACCUGGGACAGUGUCUGCACUGUGCAUCGAGCGUCCAGCAGAUGUGGAGGAGGGUUUCUCAGUCCAGGCUCCUUUGGUCUACCACUUUGGCUCUACUACCCCAGGAACCAACAUCAAACUUUACAACAAGCUGACGUCAUGCUUAGCCGAGGUGUUUUCCCAGCGCUGUGAGGUGAACAGGAAGGCUAGUGUUGGAGGAUGUAUCAUUAACACCUGUGGCUGGGUGAAAGGCUCUGGAUACCAGGCUCUGGUCCAUUGUGCCUCUGCCUUUCAGGUGGAUGUGGUGCUUGUGCUGGAUCACGAGAGGCUGUACAAUGAACUCAAACGUGACCUCCCUCACUUUGUGCGGGUUGUGCUCCUACCCAAGUCCGGGGGGGUGGUGGAACGGUCCAAAGAGUGCCGGCGGGACACCCGGGAUGAGAAGAUCCGAGAGUAUUUCUAUGGCUUCCGAGGACUGUCCUACUACCCUUUUUCCUAUGAGGUUCGUUUCUCGGAUGUUCGCAUCUAUAAGAUUGGCGCACCGUCCAUCCCAGACUCAUGCUUGCCACUAGGAAUGUCUCAGGAUGACACACAACUAAAGCUGGUGCCUGUGACACCAGGAAGAGACCUCACGUAUCAUGUGCUAAGUGUGAGCAGUGCUGAGGACGGAGAGGAAGGGGCUAGAAAGGGCAUCGUGGAGAGUCCUGUGUGUGGCUUUAUUGUAGUGACAAAUGUGGACACACAAACUCAGGUAAUGAAAGUGCUGUCCCCAGCACCCAGACCACUGCCCAGACACACUCUGCUUAUCAUGGACAUCCGUUUCAUGGACAUGAAAUAAAAGGAAAACCCUUAAGAGAAAGACAAUUCGUCAAAAAAGAAUCAUGGCUAAAUGGAACUGGACACUUUUGUAAUUAAGCCCUGUUUUGUAAACAAAACAGUACAGAGACAAUUUGUGAGAAAUAAUGUUUUAUCUUUGGAGUAAGUAUUUUCUUGAUCUAUUUUGUAAACAUUUUUGUUUUCAUGAGCAAUAAAUCUUUUAAUUAAA